AUGUUACAACAAACAGAAGAAACAAUUGAUGAAAAAUUAAGAUCAAAUACAACAACAAAUUGGAAAGACAUUCCACUGGAAGUGUGGACUCAUCACAUUUGGUCGUUUCUUCACCUUCCAGAACUUUUUUCCAUUCGUCUAGUUUCUCACGAAUGGAACGAUUUUUUAUUGCAUCACGCAAGAGAUUAUUUGCUUCACGUUAAAUUAAAUCGGAUUCAUAUGCCUUCUUUUUUAAUUUGUUGCAAACAUUUGUAUUUUAAUAAUAUUGGAAAAUUGGAUAUGAAAUUUAUAGAGUACGCUCUUGAGCCGAAACAUCAAAAACCACUUGACGAAACUGAAAGAAAGGAAAUUGCAGAAAGUUUUAAUCCCUUAGAAUAUUUUCCAAAUCUUUCCAGUUUGAAACUAACUCUUACUGAUGUGAAAUCAUUGGAAACUGUUUCUCCCCAAAUUGCAAAUAUGAAAUAUCUCAAUGAUUUGGAUAUUAGAUCAAAUUUAAUGACAAACAAGUGUUUGAAUACAAUUCUAACACAACCUGUAACUUUAAUGAGUUUAACUAGAUUGGAUGUUUCUGUGAAUGUGUUGGGAACAUCUUGUGUCGAAUUUAUCAAUUCAAAUCCUCAUCUCUCCAAUCUGAAAUAUCUUAAUAUGAGUAAUAAUCAGUUGCUUUUAUUCCAUACUAAGGUUGAGAGUGUAUUCAAAGACACUUUGGAAGAGCUCUAUGUCUCUGAUUGCUCCCUCAAUAUAGAAUCUAUGAAGAAUAUUUUGGUGAGCUAUCCAAAGUUGACUACAUUGGAUUUUAGUUUCAACAAGCUUGAAAAAAUCAAAAAUUUAUAUCAAUCUAUUCAAUUAGAAAACGAUACAGAAAAAUACUGCAAACUUAUUCGAUUAAACAUGUCAGGAUCCAAAUUAAGAAAUGAUCAAUUGGAAUAUAUUGCCAAGAUUCCAAUCUUUUCAGAAUUGAGAAUUCUAGAUUUGAGUAGAAACAGAAUCAACAAAUUAGGAACUGAAAAACUAGCUGACGAAUCAAUUAGUGUCUUGUCCAAAGUUGAAUAUCUGGAUUUGAGUCGUUGUGGAAUUGGAAAAGAAGGUGCACAAAAUAUUCGACAAAGUUCAAUAUUUUCCUCUCUAAAAUUAUUAAUUGAAUAA